CAGUAAUAAUACUUUAGAGCGAAGUACUUCUUCAAUAGCAAUUAUGAGAUGGGGGCGGAGCUGUAAAACCUCUGUUGUUUCAUUUCACUCCGCCUCCGAAGCCAAACUGAAUGAUUUUCCUUAGAAGGAAACUUCAGUUUGAAAGUUGCUGCAGAAAGAAAGUUCAGAGCUGACAACCUGAUUCAGCUUGCUAACAAGUACCAGCGAAAAAUACAACAGCUCUACGGGGACUGAAAGGGGAGCGAACGAGCUCAGAAUCUGCGCGUUUGCAGACCAGCGGCUGAAGAGGAUGAAGAAUUAAACCCCGGGAUCACGUUAUGAAGUAGAUUAAUGACGUUCAUGACAGCAAUGACUAAAGCCAAUCUAAUCGAAUAGAAUGGGUUUCUAAAUGUACUGUAUAUGACGGGGAGUUUGCAUUUUAGCUUUUGCCUUUCUCUUUAUUCAGCUGUUGCGCAGUGAUUUGUGCUUUAUCUUAAGAAGGGGGAUCGUACAAAACGAAAAAGGGGGAAUCGCAUUCAGCAUCAGUUGAUACUGUUUGGAGUUUUCUAGAGCGAACCUCACAGCUGGAGCCUGCAGGAGUAUUUCAAAGAAAGCAGAGGAAUCUCCCCGUUUUGAGUAAGACACCCUCCUCGGAUCAGAGGAUUCCUCAAGGAAAAGAAAAAAGAGAAACAGCUUUACGGAGAACUCUUAACUCUGAAGUGACGGGGGAACUCUGAAGUGGCUCCUGGAGAACAGCCCUGGGUGGUGUUGCUGGGUCUCUGGAGGGGAUGGAGGUGCUGCGCAGGUCUUCGGUGUUUGCUGCUGAAGUAAUGGAGGUGUUUGACCGCUCCCCCACGGACAAGGAGCUGGUCUCCCAGGCCAAGGCGCUCUGCAGGGAAUACAUCCACUCCCGGCUGAACCGAGCGGGACUAGGCUGGUCCAAACCAGAGCAUGCGGCCCACGGGGAGGUGUCCUCCGUCCUGCUGUGGCUCGGCGAUGAGCUGGAAUACCUGCGACCCAACAUUUACCGGAAUGUGGCGAGACAACUCAGCAUCACUGUGGCCUCGGAGAACAUUGUGUCAGAUGCCUUCCUGGCCGUAGCUGCAGAGAUCUUCAGCACUGGUAUAACGUGGGGGAAGGUGGUAUCUCUGUACGCAGUGGCUGGAGGUCUGGCGGUGGACUGCGUGCGUCAUGGACACCCAGCCAUGGUCGAUACCAUUGUGGACUGCCUGGGCGAGUUUGUGCGCAAGAGCCUGGUCGAAUGGCUGAGGAGAAGGGGUGGAUGGGCUGACGUCACAAAGUGUGUAGUGAACACUGACCCCCGUCUCCGGUCUCACUGGCUAAUCUCUGCUGCCUGUACCUGUGGUCACUUCGUCAAAACCGUGGUCUUCUACCUUCUGCGAGAGCGCUGAAGCCUCCGUGGAGAGAAACCACUCAGCCCUCCGCACCCAAACUGUGGGAAAAAAAAACAUCCUUUGGGAUGAGUUCAAACAGAAGCAACUUGCAUCAUUACACCGUACUCUGCCUCAAAACAGGAUCUCAAGUUGCCAUCGCAAGAAUGCUUCAGAGGAACUAACAAUUGUCUCGUUAGUGUGCACAACAGCCAGACCACAGGAGGAUGCCUCUCAAGAAGGUGCCUGGGUGUAAAGUUGGGUUGGAAACAUGUUAGUUCUGGUUACAGUUACGGUUUGAGGGGAUUGACUGUAAAGAUUUUAGUCUUGACAGUAAGAAGUGACCUGGUAUCUUUAAAGUUAUGGUCAUCUAAAUGUAGCCUUUAAUUUAUUUAUUUCAUAAACUAGUAACAAAUAUUGAGUAGCAAAGACUUUUUUUUAAACCCUAAAUUUAAAUAAUUUUAGAUCCCUUUGUCCUGGAGCUCCUCUGAGCAUAUUUUUCUAACUUAGAGCUUUGACUUUAUCAUGACUGCUCAGUGCAGAAAACAAAACUUUAAAAAGAUACCUCAAUUUGUAACAUUCAGUAACUUUUUAUUUCAUAAACCCUGGAGUAAAUGCAUUGGUACAGAUCAUAUAUUUUUCUGACCUGAGCUACACAAAACUGAAUAAAUGAAAUGCAUUAAGGUCUUCAGAGCUGAAGCCUCCCUCAGUUUUUUCUUAAGGGAAAUUAAGACGAGCCAUUUCCUCAGCUCUGGAUGUUAAUUCUGUUUAGAUUUAAUAUUUUUACAUGAAUUCACUCCACCAUAAAAAUUGAUACUGUGAUUAUUUAAUUGCCAUGUUUUCUUCAGAAUUUCAUUCAGCAAACAUUUCAUUUCUAUGGACAGCUACUGUACAAUUAACAAUUUAGUUUAUUUGUGAUAGUUAUAGCUUGAGGCAUCCCAGAUUUAUGGGGUAGACCUUUCUUUUCCCAGUGGAGCAUUUUGAAUUCAUUCUUUUCUUCUCAUAAUGAAUGAGAAGAAAAGAAGUUCCAUAUGUAAAAACAUCCCAACACCUGUCUCAGAGCAGAUCCCAGUUGGAAAAUGUGUUUUAGACAGUUUGAGAGCAUGUACAGUAUGUGCAGCCUGGAUUUUAAGGAUAAAAUGAUCAAACUUCUAUUGCAACUUUCAUUGAACAGUUGCUAAGACUAAUCAGGAGUCAGAUUGGAAUGGACUCCUUUAUGUGGCUCUGAAUAGAUACAAUACUUUUGAUGCAAAACGGACUGAAGAGGUCUUAAAGAGCAUGAACGAUACAUCUCACCAGCACCUGACAAAGCUACUCGGUAUCAAGGCUCUUCCUUCAGCCUGGACAUCAGAGACCUGAACUUCAGACCUACUGUAUGCAGACCAUUGCAAUGGCAGACAAACGUUAAGUUAUUUUUUUAAUGUGUAAUUUUGACUAUUUUGUGAUUUGUAAUUUAUGUAUUAUGUGACACCUAAAUAUCUACUGUUGUACUUGGUCUUUGCAGAAGCAUUCAAUAAAACAUAUUCAUUGCUUGGAUGGUG